AUGCUGAAUUAUGUUAUAAAAAAAUCUGCAAUCACCUUCCAUUUCCACAAUGAUGUCUGUGAUAAACAGCUGGAUUUGUAUCACCAUUUGAAAUUGUAUCCAGAAGAGGAAUCUGGUCCUCAGUCAACAAAGAAACCUGUUGUUGUUGAAUCUUACGAUGAGAUUGUAUUUCCUGAACCGUCUGAGGGUUUUCUGGCGCGUGUGCAGAAUCAUCCUGCUGUUGUUGUGCCUAGCCUUCCUGCUGGUUUGACUUUGCCUAGCCCAGGUGAAUUCUUUCAAAUGUUCUUUUUCAUUCUGCACUCUGUGAAGAACCCUUUAAAUGUUUCAAUUAUUUUGGCAUGCAGUACUAAUUGAAACUGGGAAU